AUGGAGGGCGCGGAGCUGCGGUGCACCGUGGCCGUGGAGCAGCCGCUGCCGGGCGCGCAGGCGCCGCGGCGCCGCGUGCUGCGGGACGCGCUGGUGCUGCUGGGCCGCAACGAGCUGCGGGAGCCGGUGCUGCGGGUGAUCGGCGGCGGGGCGGCGGCGGCGGCGCCGCUGAGCUUCGCGCUGGGCGGCGGCGCGCGGCUCUUCACGCGCUUCGCGGGCGAGGGCCGGGCCGCGGUGCGGCUGGGCCCCGGCGGCGCCCAGCUCCUGCUCUCCAACUGCCCGCCCGCCGCGCUGCGCCCCUUCCUCCGCCUGCUGCGCCUCAAGCUGGCCGCCCCGCGGGCCGCCCCGCGCGGCCCCCGCCUGCUGGCCCGGCCGCCGCCCGCCUUCGCAGCCAUCAGCCCGCUGCAGGAGCGCGACCUGCCCCGCGGCGGCGAGGCGCGGGGCCGCCGCCCGGCCGAGGCGCCCGGCGCGGGCCGGCGGCCCCCGGCGAGGCUCUCGGCGGAGCAGGACGCGGUGCUGGGCGCGGUGCUGAGCGGCAAGAGCGUCUUCUUCACCGGCUGCGCAGGUGAGGGGGCUGCGGGCACCGGGAAGUCCUACCUGCUGAAGAGGAUCGUGGGCUCCCUCCCGCCCAGGAGCACCUACGCCACAGCCAGCACCGGAGUGGCCGCCUGCCACGUCGGCGGCACCACGCUGCACGCCUUCGCGGGGAUCGGCUCCGGGAAGGCACCGCUAGAGCAAUGUAUUCAGCUGGCCGAGAGACCUGGCGUGCGUCAGCACUGGCUGGCCUGUCAGCACUUAAUUAUCGAUGAGAUCUCCAUGGUGGACGGCAAAUUCUUUGAUAAGCUGGAAGCAGUGGCCAGGGCAGUAAGAAAACGGGAUGACCCUUUUGGAGGAAUUCAGCUAAUCAUAUGUGGGGACUUCUUACAGCUGCCUCCAGUCUGCAGGGCUAACGAAGAAACAAAGUUCUGCUUUCAGGCAAAAAGCUGGAGAAAGUGCAUCCAAAUAAACAUGGAAUUGACUGAAGUGCGGAGACAGACGGACAAAACCUUUGUCUCACUCCUCAGUGCAGUUCGUCUAGGCAGGUGCACAGAGGAGGUUGCCAGACUGCUGAGGCAGACUGCUACUAAUAGGGCUGAGCGUGAUGGGAUCUUGGCUACUCGGCUCUGCACCCAUAAGGAUGAUGUAGAACUAACUAAUGAGAGGUGCUUGCAACAGCUGUCAGGAGAAGUGCACACUUUUGAGGCUUUGGACAGCGACCCAGUGCUAGUUAAAUUAAUUGAUGCUCAGUGUCCUGUGGGUAGUAGAGUUGAGCUAAAGCUUGGAGCUCAGGUGAUGCUGGCUAAGAAUCUGGAUGUGUCACAAGGACUGGUGAAUGGAGCCAGAGGAGUUAUUGUAGGGUUUGAAAGUGAGCAGAAAGGGCUGCCUAAGGUGAGGUUUCUGUGUGGGGUCACACAGGUCAUCAAGGUGGAGCGAUGGGUCUUCAAAGGGCCAUCUGGAGUUUAUCUGAGUCGUCAACAGCUACCCCUAAAACUGGCAUGGGCCAUUUCCAUUCACAAGAGUCAGGGCAUGUCUUUAGACUGUGUGGAAAUCUCCCUCUCUCGUGUCUUUGAAAGUGGGCAGGCUUACGUAGCUCUUUCCCGAGCCCGUAGCCUUGCAGGUCUUCGCGUUCUGGAUUUUGACCCAAAAGUUGUGCGAGCAGAUCCUUCUGUGCUGCAGUUCUACAGACAGCUGAAAAGUCAUCAACUUUUAACUCAGGAAUCUCUGCACACCCAUUCAAGAGUUGAUGAUGAUAAGGAAAACAGGAAAUGCAGCUGA